AUGGCCACCGCUGUCGGCUGCCUAAUACCAGGCUUGCCGGACGACGUGGCACUGUCAUGCUUGGCUCGCGUGCCACGUGGCCUCUAUGGGUCGCUCAAGCUGGUCUGUAGGAGUUGGCGCGCCGCAAUCGAAGGGUCCGAGCUGUACACGCAACGGAGUCACCUGGGCGCCACGGAGAGCUGGCUGCACCUCAUCCCUCUGCGCAGCCCUCUCUGGUUCGCCUACUCGCCAGUGCUGUCGCGGUGGUUCAUCCUGCCAUGGCGCGGGCCUCGCUUCGUGCGCUGUGUGGAGGUGGUGGGUCGCUACCUCCUCGCCUUCGGCACCGAUGAUGACUCGGGGGGCUCCUACCCCUUCUGCCACGUCAACAAGGUGGCAGUGUUUGACUCGUCCACUGGUCGUUGGAGCGACGGCCCUCCUUUUCCACGUCAGCUGAAGCUGAGCGACGCGAUUGGUGCGCACGGGAAGGUGGUGCUGUUCUCGUCGGUGAUUGGUCGUCAUGGCUUUUCACGUGAGUACCACCAGUUAAUAGAAAUCACCAACAAGUGGGCAUGGACAGAGCUCCCUCCCCCUCAUGCCCUGCCUGGUACAGCACUGCUCCUCCAUUCACCCACUGUCUCCUCCCUCGUUCCGGGUGCAUCCGUCCUCUGA